CAUGGAAGCAGUUCUCCCAGAUAGACGUUUAGCUUCAUGUAAAUAAUAGCAGUUAGAAUGUUUCUCAUCCUGCUUUCUGCCAUCUUGGCGGCAGUAGCGUUCUACUACCACAGACGUGCCAGGAACAGCGAACUACUAUGCAAAGCAAAGACUGCAGAGGUUGGCUACGUGCUCCUGCGGCUGGAGGAUACCACCCAGCAGCUCGAGGAUGCUCGGGCGCAGAUGGCUGAGCAACAGGACAAGCUUAAGGCACAAGAGCGCCGGAUUGACAAUUUCCAUGACCUUGUGGACCAGCGUGACAAUGACGUCAAAACCUUACAGGGUCAACUGCGCUUUAGGGAAGCCGCAGCUGCUCAGCUCGAGCAGGACCUGCGCCGCGCCAAUCUUCAGCUGCGCCGAUAUAGCCUUACACCGCCUCCCAGCAACAAGCCCUUUACUGCUGGCAGCAGCAUUAUGCACACAGAAGCAACCCCUACACUCUUCACGCGAACAGCGCGCUCUCUCGUCACGCCACUAAUUAGCGGUAUUGGGAAGUCCCGUCAAGCGGGCGGCACAACAUCAAUGGCAACCAGCCGUCAAGCCGGAUCACUUUUCUUCGGACCCGCCUCUGGUGCUGUUCACGGCCAGGACGACGAUGAAGUAAUGUCGGCUGGUCGACCCAUCGGCCCAGAGAACCAGAACGAGCACUGGCCCGAGCUGCUGCAGCAGGCGCGGGAUGAGGCGACCAGAAUGUCGGGGGAGGCAGAGGCGUUACGUCAGCAGGUUUCUGGGCUGGAGGGCAAGGUUUCGGAGCUGGAGGGUCAGAACGUCGUUCUACAGGGCCAGGUUUCGGAGCUGCACGGACAGAACGUCAUUCUACAGGGCCAGGUUUCGGAGCUGCACGGACAGGUUGUCGUACUGCGCAACGAGACACAGCAGCGGGCGGAGAAGCUUGAGCAGGCCGAUUCGCAGCUGUCCGCCCUGCAGUCCGAGUGCGGCCGGCUCCACACCGCUCUAGCCCAGGAGUCCAACACCCUACAGACCUACGUCGCCGCGGUGUCCGCAGCACGCACCGAACGCGACAAGGCCGCCGCCGCUGCCGCCGCCGCCAUCGCUGAACGCGACAGGGCGGCUGCCGUUGAGACUGCUGCCACUUCCGCCGCCGCCGCUGCUGCGGCCAAGUUCUCCGCGGCCGAUGCCGACGCCGCCAAGCUGCGAGACCUCAUCACUCAGCUACAAGGGGAGCUGGCCAAGACACAAGCGGAUCGCGACUCGGCAAGAGGCGAGCUGGCAAAGACGCAAGAAGAACGCGACGUGGCUCAGAAGGCCGCCGACAGCGCUGCCGGCGAGGCCGAAUCGCUCCAAAACCAGAUCCAGGAUGUACGGCAGCAGCUGGUGAAGGCGAAGGAGACCGAGUCGCAACUGGCGGGCGCUGUCCAACAGCUCACGGGUGAGAAGCAGACGCUGGAGGUCGAGGCGGAGGGGCUGCGGGCCCGCGCUGCCGAACUGGAGGCCGAGAACCAAGGGCUGCGGAGUCGUGCCGCUAAGCUGGAGGAGGAGGCGUCCGCUCGGCAGGCCAAUGCGGAGGGGCUGCAGGCGCGCAUUGCCGAGCUGAAGGCGCAGAUCCAGGGGCUGCUGCAGGCGGCGGCGUCUUCGACCUCCGGUAGCAACAGCGCCAAGCAGCAGCAGCAGGAGCACCCCGAGGCGGCCGCUAGUGAGGAAGCGCUGGAGGAGCAAGAGCAGCAGCCGGUACACCAGGCACAAUACGAGAGCCCAUCCGCUGAGGAGGAGAACAAGCAGCAGCAGGAGGACGCGGUCGAGCAGCUGAGGGCAGAGCUGCAGGUGGUUCGUACCAAGCUGGAGACCGCUAGUGCAGAGCUGGAGGCUGCGAAGGCUUCUUCGGCAGGAGCAGAGCAGCUGAGGGCCGACUUGGAGGCGGCCCGAGCGGCAGUUGUUGAGCUGGAGGUCGUUCGUGCGGAGUUGGAGGCGUCCACGGCUACGUCUGCCGCGGCUGAGGGCCUCAAGGCGGAGCUGGAGGCGGCAAGGACAGAGCUUGGGGAGCGUGUUGCUGCGGCUGAGGGCAUGCAGGCUGAGCUUCAGGAGCUGCGUGCGCGGGUGGCCCGCUACCAGCAGGAGGUGGACAAGGCGCAGACCGACCGCGAGCAGCUUGUGGAGCAGGUCAUGCGCCUACAGGGCGAGCUCAACUGCGCUCGGCAGCAGGUGGGCAGCGCCAACACCAAGCUGGAGCAGGACCGCAGGACGCUGCAGCUGACGAUGGACGAGCUGGAGGAGCAGCAGCUCUUGAUGAGCUCCAUGGACGCGGAGGUGGAGGGCGCGGCUGUGGCGGUGGAAGGCGUGGGUCGGCGGCUGGUGGGGGUGCGCAGCGAGGCGCGCGGGCGGCUCGAGGGGCUGGCGCAGGGCAUGGAGGGAGUGGAGAGGCUGGUCAACGUCCUCUCUGCACGCCUGCUGGACAGCAACGACCGCUACGCUAAACUGCAGGCCCUAGCAGCCCAGAACGCAGCCAAUCUGGACAACGUGAGGCGCGAGCGGGUCGCUUUGCAGCAGGUCCGCAAGGCGCUGCAAGGCGCCCUAAGUGACACGGAGGCUGAGCGUGACAAGGCUCAAGCCGCCCUGGAGCAGCUGCAAGACGAGUCAACCACCCAACGCGACGCCAUGUCCGCACAGCGGGACGCUUUGGACGCUCAUGUCGCCGAGUUGACGGCCAAAUGUGCCGCCAUGGCCGCUGAACGGGACGCCCUGGAGGCAAAGCUUCGGGAGCUGACGCACAGCAAUACCACACUGACGAUACAGCGAGACAUGCUGGCGGCCGAACGCGACGGCUUGGUCGCACAGCGCGACGCCCUAGACGCUCGAGCUCGUGAGCUGGCGGCGGACCAGAAUGUGCUGAAGGAGGAGCACAGCGUGACGGCGGACGACUGCGCGUUCCUGCAGACGGAGCGGGACGAGCUGACGGCGCGGGUGGAGGCGCUGGCGGCGGAGGUACGGCAGCUGACGGAGCAGUACGACACGGCGGCGGCGGAAAAGGAGCAGCUGGCGGCGGAGGUACGGCAGUUGAAGUCGGAGAAGGAGGCGCUGGAGGCGGAGAAGGAGGCCAAGGUGAAAGAGAUGGCGGCGCGCUGUGCUGAGGCGGAUGAGAUUAUGCGGCGGCUCUCGGCGGCUGCAGAGACGGAGGCGGCGGAGACCGAGGCGGCACAGCGGCGCCAGCAGGAGCUCGCGGCAGCCGGGGCGCGCCUGCAGGAGGCACAAGUCCAACUGUCCGCCGCGGAGUCACAGCGUUCCGAGACACAAGCCCGUCUUGCAGAGGCGCAGGCGCAGCUGGCGGCAUACGAGUUCGACGUGCAAGCCCUGCAGCACGGCAAGGAGGCGGCCGAGGCUGAGGGACGUGAAGUUCGGGCCGAGAUGCAGCGCCUGCAAGCGGCUGUUGUGGACCAGCAGGCGGUGGCGGAUGCCGCAAACCAGCGCCUGGAGUCAUGCCAACGUGGUAUCCAGGCUUACAGCGCCGCCCUAGCCGCCGCCUUCACAACCCUAGCCUCCCGCGAGGUCGACAACACGCUCCGUGCCAUGGAGCUGUCCGAGCUGCAGGAGCAGCAGGCAGCAGCCAUUACACAGCAGCUCGCGGCAGACACCGCAGCGCUCCGAAACCGCCUGGCGGAAGCCGCCUCGGCCGCGGAGCGCCAUGCGGCGGAGAUUGCCGUACUGCAGACCCAACUCGCAGCCGCGAAUGCCGCCGCUGCUGAAGCGGCGGCUGCUGCUGCGGCUGCGGCCACCAAGGAGGAAGACAAGCAUGGGGAGGGGCAGGAGGUGCAGGCGAAUCAGCUUCGGGAGCAGUUGGCGGAGGCAGAGGCGGCUGCUGUGUUGGAGAGAGUCGUGGCUUCGGUGGAGGUUACGGCCCUAGAAGAGCGGCUGGCGGCGACUGAGGCGGUUGCGCGACAGCGGGAGGCGGAGGCUGCGUCACUUCAAGAGCGGCUUGCGGCAGCGGCGGCGGCGUUGCAGCAGCGUGUGAGUGAGGCGGAGGCGGCGGCGGAGGCUGCUGCAAAGCAGCGUGAGGCGGAGGUGACGGCGCUAAGGCAGCGCACCAGUGAGGCG